CCAAACACACGAUUGUCAAUAUUUCUUGAUACGUAUAAUGCCAUUGGCGACUUUUUGAUUUUGUGACGGCCGUAAAACGUUUUGGUUUUUGUUUUUUACUUCGAUUUCGGGACAUAAAACCCGUGUGAAAAAUCGAAAUUCAUCAAUAGUUUUUCCGAUCAUGUUUAAACCUCCCUUGUUGGAAGUAGAAAGCUGGAAAGGCGAUUGGGGAUUGCCUUCAAUCGAUUAUAAAUGCCUCGAAGUUUUGGCUUUUGCCAGAUUUACAAAUGCACCAAUUAACAUAAAUCAUUCAAACAACCCGUUCAAAUCUGUCACUGGCCAUUUACCGGUUGUAAGUUACAACAAACGAUUGCUAAUGGAUCGGGAUGGUUUAAUCGAUUGCCUUGAUAAGCUGAAUCUUAGCCCAGAUUGUGGUCUUACUAAUCUUCAGUUAGCUGAAGAACAUGCUGCCAUCAGUAUGAUUGAUGCCCAACUUGAACCAGCGUUACUGUUUUCUUGGUGGAUGGAUGAAAGCAAUUGCCUAAAUUUCACAAAACCAUUGUAUCGAAAUGCAUUAAAAUUUCCAUUCAAUUGGUAUUAUCCUAAUGUAUAUGAGAAGGAAGCUAAGCACAAAAUAUAUACAUUAUACAAUCAUUUAGAAUCAGAUAAUGAUAUUAUGACUGAGAUCUAUGCAGAAGCUAUAAAAUGCAUGAAUAGUUUGGAAGGUCGUUUAGGCAACAAUUUUUAUUUCUUUGGUUCACAUCCGACAUUAUUAGAUGCUGUUGCAUAUAGCUAUUUGGGACCACUGUUAAAAGCACCCAUUAAUGGAAAUAAAUUACAAGCACAUUUGAAGACUUGUAAAAAUUUAUGUAUCUGGAUAGACAGAAUAACAAGAGAAUAUUUUAAAAUCGAUUGGCAAGCACAUAAAUGUAAUGAAAAGAAAAUAUUGGAAGAAUCUAGACAGCAAAUGAAUGUGGUACCUUGGUAUAAGAAAGAAGAGACAAAAAACAUAUUAAUUGGAUUGGUUACAAUGGUUACAAUGGUUAUUUACUCAUUUAAAAUUGGUCUCAUUAGUGUAAGCGAUACAAGUGAUGAAGAAGACGAAGAUUGAUUAUGCAAAUUAAAUUUCAAUUUAGUUAGUGAUUUGUUAUUUAUAUUUUUUUAAUGUUCCUUAAUUUAUUAG